GGCGGCAUGCGUUUUCUACGAGGGUUUCACGGAUAGCAGCGUCGAAUUCCCGGAAAAUCCUUGCUGUUUGGCAACUUGCGACCGAGUAUCCAAGCUCAUGGGUAACUUGCCGUGGCUCUUUGAAGCCGCACUCACAUAAAUUUCGUCCGUUUCGUGCGUUUAGACAAGGCUGAACGUCAAUCUUUAACCGAUCAAGUCUGUGCCUCACCUUACCCGUUUCGACUUUCACGGCAGCGACGGCUUUCUCAUCCAACUGCCCAAUAAAGCCGAUCCGAUGUCUGGCUGCGCCGACACCGACGCCGACAUGCUCGACGCGUCCAACGCUGUGGUGGAAGGUUCGGGCGACGCCCAAUUUUUCCAUGUCGCACAUCGAGUCAAUGGCAACAUUGAACCCUUCCGCCCACCCCGAUACUCCUCCCCUCCAUCCAACGCUUACCAGGAUAGGGACGAGUUGAUGCUUGAUGAGCACCAGGAUUGGCCGUGGUCCAGCGGAAUCGAUGACCGCAUUGCAAGCUUCAACGGUCUACACGAUAUGAUGGGCAUGACCGAAGAGAUGUAUACGACGACUUCAUCUUCAUCGCAGUCUUCGAUCUCCUCGCGGAUUCCACGGGCAGGGCCCUCAUCUGGCAGUCUGAGGAGCCCCACGGCUUCUCAGCCUAGGCCCGCCAAUGUGCUCGGCACAUCAUCGCCAGAAACACACCAGCCCCUGGAGAUGCCUGCCCUCACUGAAGGGGACCCCAGGUGGAUGAAAGUCCGAAAGCUCAUCCUCAAGGGAAUGCAUCUGGGCAAGCAUGCGAAGAAGGCAAAGGGAGUGGUUCGAGAGAGGGUUCGCGUGGAACUGGAUCGCGCCAAGUUGACACCGCAAAACUUUUCCAAGAUGUUGAAAAAGAUAAAGGAGAAGCUUGCCCCCGAGAGAGUGCAAAGCGCCGUCGCGGCCUCGCAGCGCAUUCUCGACGAGCACCUCGAGGAGUCCGGAUUUGGUGCUGCGGAAUCGCAGAACCAGCAGGUGGCUCAGGUCAGAGAAGCUGUGCAGCGAGUAUGGGACAGAGGAAUCACCACUAACGUUCAAGAAGUUGAGUUCAUCCUGGAAUGCUUUCGAGAGGCUCAAACGAAUUGAACCUGGAGUCUGGACGACUGCGGCUCUCUUGUUCGUUCCGAUGUGUGUCGGGGCUCGGGGUGUUUGAUGUUGGACGGGAAGAGAAGAGAGAACGCUCCUACCCAAAGAUUUCCUUCUCGUGUCAGUUAAAGUAAUAUCGUGCAAGGAAUGGGCCGGAAAACG